GCUCCCACUACGGGCUUCACGGACAUCAUCCCGGCCCCCAAGAAGGUUCCCAAAGGCCUCAAAACCUUCGCGCUCGGGUGGCGUGCUAUUGCCAACGUGCUCUCCCUGGGCCCCCGUGCGUACAAGGCCCACAAAGGGAGCCCCGACAGAUACCAAGGUUUCAAUGCCACUGGCCGAAUGAUGCGGCUCGCGGGCCAAUUCGCACAGAAGCCUUACUUCCUGAUAGGUACCGUGGAGACGCGUCUUCGUCGCACGGGUACCUCCGAGCUAGGCCAGUUCUACCUGUUGCACUCACAG